AUGCCCUGUUGGUAUUACGAAAAGGAAGAUUUUUUGCGUACUCCAUCAAUUUGCGAUGGUGUUGAUCCACAAACCGAAAAACGGUAUCGUCGAGAUGGGGCCAGGUUUAUUCUUGAAUUGAGUACACGGCUUCAUCUUCGUUAUGAUACUUGGGCGACAGCAAUUGUUUUCUUUCAUCGUUUUUACAUGUGCCAUUCGUUUAAGGCAUUUCCACGGCACGUUACCGCUGCGUGUUGUCUAAUGCUGGCUGGUAAGGCUGAAGAGACUCCUAAAAAGUGCAGGGACAUAAUUCGUGUAGCGCGAAGCAUUCUAUCUCCACAACAUUACGCUACAUUUGGAAGUGAUCCAAGAGAGGAGGUAAUGAUGUACGAGCGUGUCCUACUCAAAACCAUUAAAUUCGAUUUGCAAGUAACCCAUCCAUACGGGUUCCUUUUGCAAUACGCGAAGCGGUUUAAAGGUCCUCAGGAUAAGAUAAAGGAGGUAGUGCAAAUGGCUUGGUCUUUUAUCAAUGACAGCCUGGAGACGACCCUGUGUUUGCAGUGGGAACCCGAGAUUAUCGCUUGUGCGGUUCUUUACCUGGCCACGCGAAUGAAGUCAUUUAAUGUGACGGAUUGGCAGGGUAAAGGCCGCUCUGAUCAAUCCUGGUAUGAAUGCUUUGUUGAAGGUAUGACUGUGGAAGUGAUGGAGGAUAUUUGUCAUCGAAUUCUUGAUAUUUACUCUGAUGUCAAGAAUGAUGAUGUGGGAACAACAAAUAAUAUGACUACAAGUACUUCUGCUGUUGCUCCUCCUGUUCCGUCUACUGGGAUGAAAAGGAAAGCUGAAAGGGCACCUUCGCCUCCCCCCUCACCACCUCCUCCUCCGUCUUCCUUUUCAAGCCACUCUAAGAAAGAAACAUCAGUAGACCUAGCUCUUCAACAACAGUCCAAUAAUCAUAACAGCGGCAGUGUUACCUUCUCAACGACAACGACAUCGUUAGGGGCAUCAAUACCAUCAGCUGCUACUACUACAACCAGUGCUGCGCCUCCUGGUUUGGUAUGGAGCCAGCCUGUGCCGGCAGCAUUCCCAACCUUAAUUCCUCCCCCGCAACUCCCAACAGCAUACCCACCAAUAGCUUUUGGCGCAGGUGUGCCAACAGCCCCGCCUUUACCUCCUGGCAUUGCGCUGGCUCCAACGAUGCCACCACCUCCUCCAAUACCUCCUUCAGUCCUGGGCACCACUGCGCCACCGCCGCACGUCCCUGGGGCUCCGUGGCCUCCCAUGGCUCCACCUCCAGGCCUUCUGGGUGUGUCUCUUGUACCUCCACCGGCACCGACCUAUCCUCCACCAAUGCCGCCACCCCCACCACCGUCAACACAUCAUACUCUUUCUUGA